AUGAUUAAUUAAAGAAAAGUCCUCAAUGAUGAAUAGUACAAAAUACUAGUGGGAAUAUUUGGAGUCAUCCUUGCCUUUUCCCUAUCCUAUAGUGCUUUGGCAUUGACUUAAUCCAUAUUCAAGCCUUGA